AUGUACACCGUCGCAAUUACCCCCAUCCUCGUCGGCUCCCUCGCCGCGCAUGCCGAGACCGGCUUCCUUUCUCUUCGCACUCUCUGUCACUUUCUUCUUUCCGCCGUUCUCAUCAUUGCUUGGCUCAACAUUACCAAUGACGUCUUCGACUAUGACGCAGGAAUUGACGGCAACAAGCCAGAGUCAAUCGUCAACCUCUGCGGAGCCACCCGCACCGCCCGGAACACGCUCUUUCUUAUUGCCAACGUGAUCCUUGCCGCAGGUUUUGCCUGCCUCGCGAAACUCUCAAAAACGGGCGGCCAAUUUGAUCCGACAGUCCCUGCACUCAUCUCCGUCGCAGUCGCUGGCGGUUACGUGUACCAAGGCCCACCCUUUCGCCUGAGCCACUACGGCCUCGGGGAGCCCAUUUGUUUCGUCACCUGGACCAUCUCCCUGUCGGCGCGCAUGCGCUACGUCCUGCAGGAACUUCUCUUCUCGUCCCACCAUUACCUACUCGCGGCAGCCUUCCUGGUGGCCACGCCCACCGCUCUCAUCCUUCUCUGCUCACACUUUCACCAGCUGGACGACGACAAGCUCGCCGGCAAGCGCUCGCCAAUUGUUAGGCUGGGGACCCUGCGCGCUUCUAUCUUGCUUGAAGCCGCACUUUUCGCAUUUAUGUCGGCGCAUUCUGUGUUUUAUGGCAUGGGGAUGCUGCCCGUACGGCCCUUCUUUUUGUCACUGUUGGCGAUUCCCAGCGGGGUCAAGCUCGGUGCCUUUGUGCGCAAGAACCAUCAAACGCCGCAUGCGGUAAGACCGGCCAAGUACCAUGCUGUUAGGUUCCAUUUUGUGCAUGGCAUUUUGAUUUCAAUCGGGUUUUGGCUGACCACGCCAGCUGCACCAAAAAGAAUAAAGCAGUGCUAUCAGCACUUUUUAGUAUAG